AUGGAGCAUUACUGCCACCAUCUGGACCGGAGUGUGGAUCAGGGAGAGUGCACACAUGGGACCAAGCAGCAACCUCUGAGGCUGAAACAUGAAUCCAACCCUGCAGUUCCUCUGAUGACCACUAGAGAGCUCUACAACACGAAGUUGGGGCCGACCAACACGCUGCAUUUUGUGGUCAGAGACGUCAAAAAGGGGAACCUUCCUCCAGACUAUCAGAUCACACUCAUCGAUAUCGGCCUGGUGCUGGAGUUGCUGAUGGGUGGAGCUUAUCGCUGCAACUACACCAGGAAGAGCUUCAGGACGCUGUACAACAACCUGUACGGCCUCAAACGACCGAAGGCUCUGAAACUUCUGGGAAUGGAGGAUGACGAGCCCCGUCCAAAGGGCAAAGGAAAGAAAAACAAGAAGAAGGAGGAGGAAGUGGACAUCGACGUGGACGACCCCGAGGUCAGCAGGUUUCAGUACCCAUUCCAUGAGCUGAUGGUGUGGGCAGUGCUGAUGAAGCGUCAGAAGAUGGCGCUCUUCCUGUGGCAGCGGGGGGAGGAGGCCAUGGCCAAGGCGCUGGUGGCCUGUAAACUCUACAAGGCCAUGGCCCACGAGUCGUCCCAGAGCGAGCUGGUGGAUGACAUCUACCAGGACCUGGAGAACAACUCCAAGGAGUUCGGUCAGCUGGCCUACGAGUUGUUGGACCAGUCGUACAAACAUGACGAGCAGGUGGCGAUGAAGUUGCUGACGUACGAGCUGAAGAACUGGAGUAACUCCACCUGUCUGAAACUCGCAGUAGCCGCCAAACACCGAGACUUCAUCGCCCACACCUGCAGCCAGAUGUUGCUCACCGACAUGUGGAUGGGCUGUCUGAGGAUGGGCAAGAGCAACAGCCUCAAGGUGAUUUUAGGGAUCGUGUUCCCUCCUGCCAUCCUCCUCAUGGACUUCCGUCUUGGAGAUGAAGCUUCAUUUCAUUUGUCCAAAGAGACAGAGGAGAGAAUCAAGGACGACGACAACAAAUCCAGCAAGGACGCUGUCUCCAAUGUGGAUGCCACGUCAAAAAAAGGAGAUGAAGAAGAAGAGCAGAAGAAACACAGGAGAAAGACUCCGGUCAUGAGGAAGAUCUACGAGUUCUACAACGCUCCUUUCACCAAGUUCUGGUUCAACACGAUCUCGUACCUGGUGUACCUGAUGUUGUAUAAUUACAUCAUCCUGGUGAAGAUGGAGCGCUGGCCGACUCUCCAGGAGUGGAUCGUCAUCUCUUACAUCAUCACUCUGGGCCUGGAGAAGGUCCGACAGAUCCUGAUGUCAGAGCCGGGGAAGCUGAAGCAGAAGAUCAAUGUGUGGUUGGAAGACUACUGGAACAUCACAGACCUGGUCGCCAUCUCCGUCUUCCUGUUUGGUCUCCUGCUGCGUCUGCAGAGCGAACCGUCCAUGGGCUACGGCCGCGUCAUCUACUGCGUCGACAUUAUCUUCUGGUACAUCCGCGUCCUCGACAUCUUCGGGGUCAACAAGUACCUGGGGCCCUACGUCAUGAUGAUCGGGAAGAUGAUGAUUGACAUGCUGUACUUCGUGGUCAUCAUGCUGGUGGUGCUGAUGAGUUUCGGCGUAGCUCGGCAGGCCAUCCUCCACCCCGACGAGGAGCCGACGUGGCGUCUGGCUCGAAACAUCUUCUACAUGCCGUACUGGAUGAUCUACGGAGAGGUGUUUGCAGACUCCAUAGACCUUUAUGCGAUGGAAAUAAAUCCUCCAUGUGGAGACAACAUGUAUGAUGAAGAUGGGAAGAAGCUUCCUCCCUGUAUCCCCGGAGCCUGGCUCACUCCGGCCAUCAUGGCGUGUUACCUGCUGGUCGCCAACAUCCUGCUGGUCAACCUGCUCAUCGCCGUCUUCAACAACACCUUCUUUGAGGUGAAGUCCAUCUCCAACCAGGUGUGGAAGUUCCAGCGGUAUCAGCUGAUCAUGACCUUCCACGACCGUCCCAUCCUGCCCCCCCCCCUCAUCAUCUUCCCCCACAUUUACAUCGUCCUGAGAAGGCUGUGCUGCCGCUGCAGACGGAGGACGGAAGGAGACCACGACGAACGGGAGAGACGACUCCAGCUGGUGCUGAGUCCUGAGGAGCUGAAGAGCCUGUAUGAGUUUGAGGAGCAGUGUGUGGAGGAAUAUUUCAGAGAGAAAGACGAUGAGAAACAGUCGUCCAACAACGAGAGGAUCAGAGUCACAUCUGAGAGGGUGGAGAACAUGUUCAUGCGUCUGGAGGAGGUGAAUGAGAGGGAGCACUCCAUGAAGGCGUGCCUGCAGACGGUGGACCUCCGCCUGGCUCAGAUGGAGGAGUUGUCUGGCCGCAUGAUGAACGCUUUGGAGAAGCUGGCGGGCGUUGACCGGGCCGAGCUCGUCCGUACUCACUCCAGAGGAUCGUCGGUCUGUGAGCCGUCUGCCCUGCUGCGACACAGUAGUGUCAACAGUGCCGAUGGUUACAGUCUGUACCGUUACCAGCUGGAGCACGAGGACAGGAUCUCUGUGUCCGGAGACAUGGAGGGAAACGACAGGAGGGUCCAGCAGAGUCCAGAGAGACGAGGAGGAAACACAGAGGGAGGAAACACAACAGUGCCAUCUGUUGGCUGUAUCUACGCUAACAUAAAGGACACAUGGAGGUAUGAGGACUGUGUUGUUUACACUUCAUGCUUCCUGUUUACAGGUGAGGUGAAGGAGUUCGGGUCGACCCUGGAGGUGAGAGGACUGAGAGAGAGGACUCAGUCUCUGUCCAACGUCGACAUCCUGAUCUCCCCCUGCGACGCCGACCGUGGACCCGCCCACACCUGCGCUGCUUCACCUCAGGCUGACGCCACUGACGCUGACAUGGAGAAACCAGCAGAGAAAACCCGACUGGAGGCGGCUCAGUCCUUCCCUCUGGACAGGUCAAAGGUCACUCAGUAUUUACCCUCUCCGACCCUCAGCGGCUCCCCCUCUCCCAACAGGAAGUCCAUCAGCAGCAUCGUCUACAGCCCCGCCCAUCACCACCAGGAGGGGCCGACCAGUGCGACCCAGCAGGCGUCCAGAUCUUCCACAGUGACGCUGGAGAAGGGUGGAGGCGACGAAACCAAACAGGAAGUAGAGGAAAGAGUAUCUGUGCUGUCUCAUGGGGAACUGGAGGGUGAGACAACAGACAGUAACCAUGGUAACAGAGACGAGGAGGAGCUGCUGUUGGGGGAGGAAAGGAUGUAUCCGACACUACGCUCCAAGAGCCUGAACGCCAACCCGAGGAAGACGAGGAUGAAGAAGAAGGACGGCGAUGAGAUGCCUCGCUCAGCCGGCAGCGUCAAAGAUCUGGUGUCGGCGUUCAGCAGGACGGGGGGACGGACACGAUCCAGGACCAGGUCCAGAGACUCUGACUGUUGAUCCUGAAGGACUGAGGUGACUCUGCACCGUCCAAUCAGCUCAGCUCACAGCUCAGGACACAGAAACUACAAAGAGACGGCAAAUGACCACAAAGAGACAAAUGAGGACAUCAAAGUGGUGACAUAGUUUAUUACUGCAGAGCAGCGAGGAGUCUGCAUGUUUUAUUCUGUAUGUCAAUCAAUCAAUCAAUCAAUUUUAUUUAUAAAGCCCAAUAUCACAAAUCACAAUUUGCCUCACAGGGCUUUACAGCAUACGACAUCCCUCUGUCCUUAUGACCCUCACAGCUGAUCAGGAAAAACUCCCCAAAAAAACCCCUUUAACGGGGGAAAAAAACGGUAGAAACCUCAGGAAGAGCAACUGAGGAGGGAUCCCUCUUCCAGGACGGACAGACGUGCAAUAGAUGUCGUACAGAACAGAUCAGCAUAAUAAAUUAACAGUAAUCCGCAUGACACAAUGAGAGAGAGAGAGAGAGAGAGAGAGAGAGAGAGAGAGAGACAGAGAGAGACAGAGAGAGAGACAGAGAGAGAGAUGCAG